AUGCUGGCUGCGCGAUCGAUUUACCCCGAGAGCCCACCGGCCAUGCAGACCAGGGUUCAGAUUAACCCGACUCUGCUGAUGAGCUGGUGGGCAACGGGCUUCUCACUGGCCAUUAUCGUCGUGCGUCUGGUGGGUCGCUAUACACGAGUCGAACGCUUCUUUCUCGAGGACAAGGUCAUUAUGAUCAGUGUGAUUCCACUGGUCAUUCGCAUGGUCUUGGUCCACUUCGUUCUCACCUUGGGGACGAACAAUACCACCACUGCCGACUUGACAGAACAAGAUAUACGAAAUCGGGAAAUAGGAAGCAAACUAGUUCUUGCUGCGCGCAUAUUUUAUGCAAUCUUCAUCUGGACCGCCAAAGUGACCGUCUGCGAGUUCCUCAAAAGAGUCACAGGCCUAACCUGGCGCCGCUCAACAACAAUCUUCAUCCGCUUCAUCAACAUCUUCCUCUUCUCAACCCUCGUCGCAGUAGUAAUCGCCACCCUAGCCGAAUGCCAACCCUUCAACCACUACUGGCAGGUCAUCCCAGACCCAGGCCCAACCUGCCGAACCGGCUACGUGAACCUAAUAACAAUGGGCACCUGCGACGUAAUAACCGACCUCCUCCUAAUCGCCUUCCCAGUCCCCAUAAUCCUCCUCGCCACAAUGCCCCUCAAGCGCAAACUAGCCCUAGUCGUCCUCUUCUGCGGCUCCCUCCUCCUCGUCGGUAUAACAAGUUACCGCGUCCCAUCCGUCAUAGCCCACAAAGGCUCCCAACAAUACCGAUCCCUCAUCGCAUCUCUCGAAAUCCUCGCCGCAACAGCCGUCUCAAACGCCCUGGUAAUAGGCUCUUUCGUCCGAGACCGCGGUAUCAAGAAAUUGAAAUAUAAGCGCGCGCAGGGCUCCGCCUCCGUCUCUGAAUCAAUGGAUAAAUCCCACCUGCGCAGAAAUACCGUCAUGCAGAACCAAUGGGGUUCGGACUCCGACCUCGCAAAUGGUCUUUGUAUCCGCCUCGAUCCUGAUCUUCACCCAUCGGAUCGACCCCUCGUGGCACCACUGGCUGUCGCUCGCACGGGAUCUAUCGAUCCUGCUUGGAGCUUUGGUGACGAUCGUUCGUCUGAUAGUGAAGUGAAAGCUCCGCGCGAGUACCUGGAGACCAAUGAGUCGCCGCGGACUGCUUCGCGUAGAGUUUCGUUCUCGGAUGUCGGUGGUUUGUUAUCCAUGUCGAUGCCGGAACCCAGUCAUGUAAAGCCAGAUAGCGUUGUGCCGGAAUCGGCGCGUCGUCGUGCUGGUAGUAGGGCUUUUCUUGAAGAUUGGGGGAUUGUACCGUCUCGUGCGACUGCUUCUGCGCAGAGACCGGUUCUUUCUGCUCCUGAUCCCCCGGAGAUCACGCUUGAUCCUGUUGAGUUGCAGGAUGUAGGUGGGCUGCUGUCUAAACAGCCUCGAUCUUGA